AUGAUAUGGUUAAAAUUGGUAUGGAUCGUUUUGUACUUAAAUAUCAACCAGAACUUUAUAAUGAUUGGUGUCGUGGAAUUAAUUUAACAUCACAUCCUGAAGAUGAAUCAAUGCCCACACAUACCACAACAAUUGUUCGAAGUUCACCAACAAAAAAACGAUUACCAUUAUGCAAUAAUUUGCCAAAACCUUCUACUGAUUCAUUAAUUAUUCCAAAACAGUUUCAAUCUUAUCAUCAUGAACGAAUAUCUGAUGAACGAUAUGCAUGUAUAUUUCGUAAUUUAGCUAAAUUUGAUAAAUUAAAACAAUUAUCAAUAAUACAAUAUCCUAAUCCAUUAAUUCGAGCUGCACUUUGUCGAGCUCAAUUUAAAUUAAAUAAAAAUCGAAAAAAGAAUUCAAUGAAAUUAUUAUGUUUAACUGCUAAUAUAGCAUUUCAUAUUUCUUCUUCUUCUUCAUCACUUCCAAUAGUUUUUAAUGGUUUGAAACAAUCUAGCAAAUAUCGUGAAAAUAUUCUUAAUGGUCUUUGGAAUUAUCAAAUAAUAGAUCAAAAAUCAGAACAAAUAUUUAAUCAAUGGUUAAAUAAUCAAAUAUCUAAUUGUGCAAUUUGUUAUCUUUUUACUGCAAAUAAAUAUAAUGAUGAAUCAUCAGUAACAAUUCGACAUUUAUUUACAUUAGAUGAAUCAAAUAAUAAAUUAAAUAUUUCGGAUAAUUUACUUGAAUGUACUGAUUGUCACGUUACUGUACACCAAGAAUGUUAUGAUAAUGUAUGUUUAGCAUUAAAUGCAAAACUUACUGAUGAAUAUGAUACAUGGUAUUGUCAACGAUGUACUUUAAAAAAACAAUUGUCUUCCGAAAUGCUUGAUGAUCGUUGUUCUGCCUGUUUAUUUCGUGGUGGUCUUCUGCUUAAUUCUAAUUCAUCAUCGUCAUUUAUUCAUGCUAUUUGUUCAAUAUUUCAAGCAUAUCAACAGUCUUCCACUUCAUCUCAAUUAAAAUCUUGUCAUUACUGUUCAUCAUUUUGUCCUUUAAAUUAUCGUCGUAUAUCAACUCAUAGUUUUGUAUCAUGUAAUUAUUCUAAAUGUACUAAUCUAUUUCAUGUAACAUGUGGUCUUAUCAGUGGAUGUACAUUUCAAAUGAACAAUGAUUAUUCAAUAAUAAAUGCUCGUUGUCAUCUACAUACGAUACCUCAUCAAUCUUCAAUAACUGUCAACAAUCAACACUCAUCUAAAGAUAAUAAUACUUAUGAAACAACACAAUGUUUAGACGAUAGAAUUGAUGAUGAACAACAACACGACGAUUGCGAUGAUGUUGAUGAUGAUGAAAUUAUUGUUGAGAAUGAACGUGUACCGAAUGGUACACGUGUAAUAUUGAAUGGUAUAAAUAAAGAAAAAAUGGGUCGAGUUAUGGGAAAUGAAAUAAGUUUUCACUAUGCUGUUGAUUUUGGUGAUGGAUGUUAUAGUCAUGAUAUGCUUGCUGAAGAUAUUCUUGAUUUUGAUCCAUCUAUUGAACCGUUAACUCUUAUUGUUGGUUCAAAUAUUCGUAUUAAAUGGACUGAUGGUAUAAUUUAUUCAUGUAAAUAUUUAGGCCGUAAACGUGUACUUUUAUAUCAUAUUCAAAUUGGUAAUGAAACUCGACAAAUGCGUCGUAAUGAAUUCUCAUAUGAUAAUAAUCAACCACCAUCACCACCUUUAACGCCAUGUUCAACUGAACGUGAACAUAACUAUAGUCGACGACAACCAUUAAAUACAGGAACAAAACGACAACAUCAAAGAAAACAACAACUACAGCAACAACAAACAAAACGAAAACGACGACGUGUGCUCUUGUCGUCUUCCUCAUCGUCAUUAGAUGAAUCUUAG